GUAGCGACGGCAGCCGCGGACAUAUACAAUCUUACCGAUGCAGAAUACUACUCCAUGCCGCGUCUGUUCUCGCUGGAGGAGCAGCCGGGCUGCCUGGCCACCGCCGGCGUCUACUGCCUCGGCAGCUUCGAGCUCACCGCGCCACACCACAAUCCGCUCUACCGGAGACUGCAGGAGUACUCAUCCGAUUGGGUGCAACACUUCAACCACACGCGGCUGCAUCGCGGCGUCUGCCUCAGCCGCAGCUGCCCCCCCGCGCCCCCCGCACCGCUCACACCGCACGCUAUACACGCCUGGUUUGCGUCAUGCGUGAACGCAAGCACCAUGGCCGAGUACAACCUGUCCGCGCGCCUCUACCACGUGGACUACUGCUCGCAGGGCGAAGCCCCUGCCGCGCCACCUGGCUCCCAAGGGCUGGCCGUGGUAGUGGCUCUAAUCCUGAUUCUGGCCACUGUCAGUACUGUGCUGGAUCUGACCCUCGCUGAGGAUACGAAAAAGGGACAAGGCUGGGCGCUCUCCUGGUCGGUGCCCCGGUCAUGGCGGUCGCUGACGGCACCCCAGGGCUCCGAAACCGACCUCCACUUCCUCGACGGCCUCCGCUUUUUCUGUAUGCUGUGCAUCAUCAUCGAGCACGUGGGCUGGCUCGCCACGCUGUCCUAUAUAUCGGAUACUAAGUUCUACGAGCAAAAGCGGAGGUCAGGCGACGUGCUGCUGCUCACCAACAGCACGCUGGUGGUGCAGGUGUUCUUUAUCAUGAGCUCCUACCUCAUGGCACGAAAGGUGCUACAGGAGGACCAGCCACCCGUCACCACCUUCUUCAAGACCAUGCUCAAUAGAUUCAUCAGACUGAGCCCGAGUUACUUCCUCGUCAUCUGGUUCGCGGCAUCCUGGUGGGAGCUGGGUGGAUCUGGUCCUCUAUGGCAGCCGCUCGUGGCUUCAGAGGCUGCCGUCUGCCGCCGCACGUGGUGGAUGUACCCGCUCUACAUCAACAACUUCAACUUUGGUGACAAGUGCCUUAUACAGACUUGGUACCUGGCAGCGGACAUGCAGCUGUACGCGGCAGGUCUGCUGCUGACGCUGCUGCUGCGCGGCCGCCGCGCUGUGCCGGUGCUGCUGGCGCUGCUGGGAGUGUCAGCGCUGGUGCCGUUCGCCAUCGCCUACACCUAUAACCUCAUGCCUACUUAUGUGCUGCACAGGCCUGAGGCGGUGCGUGUACAAUACAGCGGGGAUGCCUCCUUCAACUGGCUGUACCAGUCGCCCCUGGGCAACGCCGUCGCCAUGCUCACGGGGCUGCUGAUCGCACAUGGACAGCAUGCGAUGAGGGGCUCACAUAUCGACCUGGCGAGGAAUAAGAUAUUCAGCUGGGUGUCAGUAGUGGCGAUCCCAAUGAUCGUGGUGUGGGCUGCGCUGUCACCCCGGCUGCUGGCGCCCGGCCCACCGCCGCGGCUAGGAGCCGCGCUGCUCGCGGCCUUCGAGCGACCAGUCUUCGGAGCAUUAGCUGCACUCGGCAUGUUCGGCGCGAUACAGGGGGUCGAUUCGGCCAUCCGUCGCGUGCUGUCGGGCGGUGCGGUGCUGGCGCGGCUGUCAUUCGGCGCGCUGCUGCUGCACGUGCCCAUCAACAAGGCCAUGCUGGGCGCCAGCCUGCGACCCGCGCAGAUAGAUCGCUUCCAGUUCUUCGUGGAAUUCUUCGGCGUGUCAGCCAUGUCGUACACUCUAGCGGUGCCGCUGGCGCUGCUGGUGGAGCUGCCGGCCCAGCGGCUGUAUCGCGAGCUCACCACGAGGCCCAAAGCACCGACGGCUGAGAAGGAGGCCGUCAAGUAGUUUGCUGCUAGACUGUUCUAGUAAUUGAUUCAUAGGCAGAUGUAUGUUGAUAUACUUGGUGUCUGAUGUUUUCUGAGAAAAUCAUAGGGAGCUGGCGGAGCGGAUACGUGAUUUGGUCGGGUUAUAUACUGUCAUAACAUAGUCCGCUCAGCUGGAUUUGAUUCGGUGACAAUAUCAGCAGG